GCGAGGAAGCGGCCUUCGGCGGCGGCCGGCUCCUUCUCAGGCCCGGGCAGCGCUGGAGGAGGCGACCAUGGAGCCGGAGGCGCGGGGGAGGCCCUUCAGGUUGCACUUGGUCACCUGGAAUGUGGGGACCGCUUCUCCCCCUCCUGAUGUCACAUCUUUACUUCAGCUCAACUCACAGGACCGGGCUAUGGACAUGUAUGUUAUUGGUUUACAGGAGGUGAACUCCAAGAUUGUGAAUUUCCUGUCUGACAUGGCUUUUGAUGACCCUUGGAGCAGUUUCUUCAUGGCAGUUCUCUCUCCUCUGGGCUAUGUCAAGGUGUCUUCCAUCCGGAUGCAGGGCCUCCUCCUCCUGGUCUUUGCAAAGCAGCAGCACCUCCCCUUCAUUCAGGACGUCCAGAGCCAGUUCACCCGCACGGGUCUCUUCGGAUACUGGGGCAACAAAGGAGGAGUCACCCUUCGCCUGUCCUUCUACGGGCACACUGUCUGCUUCCUCAACUGCCAUUUGCCUGCCCACAUGGAGAACGCCGAGCAGCGCCUGGACGACUUCGAGCGCAUUCUGGAGAUGCAGCAUUUUGAACGCGAAGAGGGGCCUGGAGUCCUGGAUCACGAAAUUCUCUUCUGGUUUGGCGACUUAAACUUCCGGAUUGAAGACUAUGGACUGCAUUUCAUCCGAGAGUCAAUCAACAGCAGCCGAUUCAGUCCCUUAUGGGAAAAGGACCAGCUAAACAUGGCUAAGAAGAAGGAAACCCUUCUUCAGGAAUUCAUGGAGGGGCCCCUGAAGUUCAAGCCCACCUACAAGUUUGACCUGUACUCUAAUGAAUAUGACACCAGGGGUCAGAAGACACUGUUUUGGCUUAACGGGAAGAAAAGGAAGCCCGCCUGGACAGACCGGAUCCUGUGGAGGGUGAAGCCCCCGGGGGCUGGAGCGGGACCUGAGGAGCAGGCCGUUGGGGUGUCUCUGCUCAGCUAUGUCAGCCACAUGGGUUACGGCAUCAGCGACCACAAACCUGUCACCGGGACUUUUCAGCUGGAGAUGAAGCUGCUGGUGUCUGUCCCGUUAGUCGUGCUCCAGCCUUUGGGCAACUGGAGUGCCGAAGAAGACGGCACCGUCAGCUACUCCACCGCUCCAGAGUUCCCGAGCAGUGCCUGGGACUGGAUCGGCCUCUACAAGGUCACGUUCAAGCACACCAAUGACUACGUGAUGUACGCUUGGGUGCAGGACAAUGAAAUUUCCUCCGGCGUGGACGCAAAGCAGGUGUAUCUCAGCGCCAACGAGCUUCCCGAGGCAGGAGGAGAGUUCCUGCUGGGUUAUUACAGCAAUGUGAUGCAGUCCAUCGUUGGCAUCAGCAGGUCCUUCCAAAUUCAGCCAUCCAGAGGACUGUCUGAGGAGGAUCCGCGGUGGGACAGGUUUGGCAGGACUGAAACGCUGUGCAACGAGAAGCCACCAUGUGACUUUUGAAGUGUGCCUGUGUCCUCGCACCGGGGCGCCCCCUUUUCCACUGUAGUAAUAGGCCUUUGUUUCAGGGAGAGGAGACUGAAUAUGCAAACAGUCACUUGUGUUUGAGCAGUCCAGAGCACUGUUUCUUGGGAAAUAAUUAUUUCCAUCCCUGUCACAGGAGGUUGCGCUUGCCCUGGACUGGGAUAGCUCGAGGCUGCACUUGCCUUCAGCUGCUGCUGAGGAAUUGUAGCCUUCCCAAGAGGAUUCCUGGUGGCAGCCUCAUCCAGGGACUCCAACCAGUGCUGAAGUCCUGCUGCUUUUCUCUUUCUCAUAGAGUAGGAGGGUUGGGAGGGGCCGGAGGGCCCUCAGAUCCAAGCCCCUGCUCAGCGCAGGACUCAAACCCUUCUCAGAUGCCUGUCCAGUCGCGUCUUGGAUGCCUCCAGCGUGGGAGAGCCCACCUGCUCCCCAGGUCCCUGGUUCCAUCGUCGCACUGCUCUUACACUCAGGAAGCUCUUCUUGAUGUCCAGCCAGAACCUGGCUUCCGGCCACUCGGGGCCGUUAUUCCGUGUCUUGCACUCUGGGGUGAUUGAGAAGAGAUCCUGGCCUUCCUCUUUGUGACAGCCUUUCAAGUACUGGCAGAGUGUGUGUUGUGUAGGAGAUGCCAGGCAGUUCAUUGCAAUAUUAAGCGGUCGGUGUUGCUAUUGUUAUCAUCAGCUAGCAUUCCAGGAUUCUGCUCCUAAGGUCUAUGAAAUAGGCCGAGAACUUGGGAGCUAGAACAUGUUCAUUUUAUAGUGGGUAAGAAAACGCUUUCAGUGUCGGUUGCUUGGAAAGAUGUGCCAGUGAGACAGCAGAAGGGCCCGGGGAGGGAGACAGGAAGCCCUUGUCCUGCCACGUGGCUUGUUUGUGGCUUCUAGGAUUUUCUGCUUCCUGCCCUACACUCUGGUAGUUUUAAACUCCUGGGGUCCUUGAUUGUCCGUCUUAUAUCUAGUCUUUAAAAAAGACACAUUGGUUAUAGCACCUGGCACCUUCCUGUGGUGCCUCCAGGCUCCAGUUUCAGGAAGGAAUUGGGCGAGCUUUCUCCCUGUCUUCCAAAAGCGACCGCAUAGCAUAGCCAAUAGCAUUCAAGCUUCCUGGCACCUUUCCGGAGUCAGUCCUAAAUUCCUUCCAUGCGGUUUCCAGCCGCGCACAGCGGUGCCACUGAAACCCUGUUGGUGCAGGGAACUCUGGCAGCCCCAUGUCAUGCCACACUCGCUCUGGUUUCGAUGUCCGAGAAAGUAGUGGUGGAGACUGUUCCUAGGACGUAUCCAUGGCCACUCUUCUCACAGGCCCUUGAGGCUGAAAUGAGUCGUGUGUGGAUGCAUCGCAGCCCAGAAGCUCUGAUAAGAAUUUGUCCCACUUUGCUGCUUAUGUGAGGCUUGAAGCGCGCAGAGUCCCCCGUUCAGACGACUUCGGGGUGAGGGCAGAGCGUGUGGAGCAACGGAAAUCAGCGGGUGACGGGCUGCUCCUGCGCUUCAAGGGCUCUCACCGUAGGCCAGAGUAGCACGUUCUCAAGGCAGGAGGUUAAAACCAGGCAGGGCUCGCUGUGCUUCUGGCUGGAGAGGAGGAGGACACUGCGUCCAUUGGUCCUACUUGCACAAGCUGUGUGCAUUUCUUGGUUUUGCCUCGCAAAGGAAGCUCUUGGUGCGUCCCAGUCUCCCGGUUUUCCUUGCCUUGGCUCUCGAGAUGAGGAAAUCUUGCGCCAUUCCAGGGAGGUGUUAGGUCGGAAGACUUAGAUAGGGGCACAUGCUUGCUCAUAGCUCAUAGGCAGCUUUUAUCAGGCUAGUCUCAGCCGUUGCCUGAUGGGUUGAAAGCCGCAGGGACCCACUGCAUUUAAAUUGCUGUAGUUGGACGGUUGGGUUUUCGGACAGGCCCAAGGGAAGGAGGUGUGUCUGGCUGCUGGCCUCCUUUGGGUCUUUCCAGUAUCAUGGGGAGAUCACCGGGCAUUGGCCGCCCACCGCAUCCUACGCCUUGCCUGCUCGGGGGCAAUAGUGGUGCUUUGUGCAGGUGGCUUUGUUACAAGCCCGUCGAUUCUCUGGCCAGGUUAUUUUUUUUGUGACUUGCCUGCCGAAUUUCAUUCUCUCCUUUUGCUGUCACCCAGUUCAGUUGUUCUUUGCUCUUCAGACCUGCUGUGCGGUUCCCCAGGAUUCACUAAAGAACUCUUUGGUUGUCGUUCAUUAAGUAUCUUCUGCCAACACAACACAAGAAUGUUGCAGGUGUGGUGUGGGAGAUGGUUUGCUUGUUGUUGUUUUUGUUGUGCCAAAGAGUUUUCUGGUGGUCAAAGAGAAAUGGAUUUAUAGUGGCAAACACCUCUGGAAAUUGCUUCAGCCUGUCCUGAAUGGGGGUGCACUUCCGCCGAACAGGUUCCCGGCUUGGCGGGUGGGGCUUUAUAGUUGGUCCUCCUGUUGGAUAUCUCCAUAGCAAGAAGCCCAUUUCAUGGGCUCAGGCCAUCAGCUGCCUCUUCUCGGGGUGACGCUGAUCUUGCCUCAGUUAUCCGCACCUUGAUGCCGGACAGCAACAUCCAAUUUAAGAUCACGGCAGUGUCGUGUGUGUGAAGAUGUUCGGGAGGUUCAAAGAACAGCAGGCAGGUGUCUCCUGCGACCUGCAGUGGAUUGGCCUUCAUCGUCACUGCUUACCAGUUUGUUUUUGCAUGAAGUUUGACUUGCUGCUUUUAAGAACUGAAGCUCUUAAAGGCAUCUGACAGCCCUUUCUGUGGGACCAGCCUGACAGCCUGCAGCAAGUGCUUCACCUGCGGAAGGCGGGCAGGUGAUGGCUUGGGCAAGGCGUCUUACUUGUGCCGCUGCCUUUCCAGGUGGGGCCGCCGGGCUCCCCUGCCAGGUUUAGUCACCAGCUAUGAAGGUUUCUUUUCCCAGGCCUUACUGUAUUCUACUUCCGCCACAGCUCUCUGUUGCUUAAUCGGUAUUACGUUCUUUCACUGAUUGUUCUGUUUUAGGUCAUAGCAUCUUUGCAGAUUUGGAGGUGGAAUAGAAAUUGCGUACGGAAAUAAUAAAUAUUAAACCUGGUAGCCACUGACGGUGUCACAAGA